CAGGUCCUUGGGGGCGCUGUAUGGGCAGUGAUUGUGGCCCCGGCGGCAGUCAGAGCCGGGCGGUGUGGUGCGCCCACUCCGAAGGAUGGACCACCCUCCACACAAACUGCGACCAGAGCAAGAGGCCGGACAACCAGCAGAGCUGCUUCAGGGUCUGCGACUGGCAUAAAGAGCUGUACGACUGGCAGCUGGGGGCCUGGAACCAGUGCCUCCCCGUGUCCAUGCGCAACGCUGGAGUUCAGCGACCCAUCGUCUGUACCCGGGGCGAAGAGGGCAUUCAGACCCGGGAGGUGGGCUGCGUCCUGAAGGCAGACGGAGAACCAGCAGAAGAUGCAAUCUGUGAAUAUUUUGAGCCAAAACCCCGUCUGGAGCAGGCCUGUUUGAUCCCCUGUCCGCGGGACUGCGUGGUGUCGGAGUUCAGCCCAUGGACGCAAUGUUCUAAAACCUGUGGGAUGGGACUACAGAACAGGAUCCGCUUUGUUUUAGCGCCACCGCUGUUUGGUGGGUCGGCGUGCCCGAAUCUGACGGAGUUUCAUACGUGCCAGCCGGGGAAUUGUGAAGGGGAGGAGAGUCUGUACAGCCUCAGAGUCGGACCCUGGGGGCUCUGCUCGAUCCCGGUGUCCAGGCAAGCCAGACAAGCUGAUAAACCACCAAGAGAGGGAAGGAAAACCGUCCAAGGAAAGUGAGAAACCGUCCAAAGAGGGAGUCAAAGUGACCGGAGCGGGGGAGAAACCCAGCAGAGAGGGGGAGAAACCCAGCCAGAGAGGGGGAGAAACCCAGCAGAGAGGGGGAGAAACCCAGCAGAGAGGGGGAG